AUCGCGACCCGUUCCGCCUCGCCUUGCUCUCUCCCCUCCCCGUCUCUUCCCUCCCCGCCUCUCUAUUAGGGUUAGCGCCGCAGCGGUGACCUCACCGCCUUCGCGUGCUCUUCCUUCCUUGCUUCCUUUGGUUCCGAAGUCUUCCCCCGUCUCGAAUCCUUUUCAGUUGACCUGAUCCGGCGGCCAUGGCGACGGCGGUGCUCAGAUCCCAUGACGCGAUGAACAACCGGAUGCAUCUGGACGCGUUCACGCCGUCCCCGACGAAGCCCCGCCGGCGCCGGAGCCCCAAGCCGGCGGGCGCGUCCUCGCCGCCGCCCCCUAGGGCCCCCGCGGUAGCCUCUCCGGCGCCCAAGGCGGCGGCGGUGGCGUCACCGCCCGUUAAGGCGGCGGCAGCGGGCCGCCGCUCGCCACCGGCGAGGCCGGCUGCUCGGAAGCAGCCGUCUCCUACGAAGGAGAAGCCCAAGCAGCGGCUUGUUAUGGAGGAGGUCCGGAUCCUCAAGCGCGGCGAGGAGCCGCCUUCUCCCGCCCCAGCCCCGGCCCCCGCGCCGGUCUUGGCAGCGCCCGUGGCGAAAGCCGCUGCGGCUGUUGACCAGCGCGUCGUCCGCUCCACUGGCCGGAUCGGGCCGCAGGUGCCCGCCGUCGUGCCUACGAAGAAGAUCGUGGCCGACGCGGCUGGCUACGCGGGCCCGGCGUUUGCUGCCGCGGCGCCCGAGCCGAGCUCGCUUCCCAUGCCGGCUUUCUUCCUCCGGCGCGCUGAGUCCGAGGCCACGCGCGGCCUCCGCUGCCUCCUGCGCAUCGGCGAGGUCGCCUGACACGGCCCCCACAGGCCACCGCCGGACUAGCGUCCGCUCCUCUGAAGUCGUCGCCUUUCUGCUUAGUCUCACCUCGUCUCCCUCGUCUCCGGUGGUUCCCGACCUUGGGAUGGAUCUAUGGAUGGUUUAGCGCCUGAUGGGCGAUUGGAUCCGAUGGAAAGCAGCUCCGGAUCAGAUCAGAUUCCCGGUAGCCGCUCCGGCAACCUCUUCCGGUAUUUUUUCAGAGGAAGGGUUGGGGAACGAGCAACCGGUGGUUGGAUUUGGUGGUGGUUAGGUUCACAAGUCGCUUGCAGCUCGGUUCGCUUCUCUGGAAAGCUGAUGUCUUUAGGUAGAAUAACUAGGCUGGUUGGUGGAUGAAGGGCAGGCUUGUGGAUGGUUGCUUUGUUCUAGAUGGUGUUCGGUAAAUUAGUGUGUGAAAUAGCUGUUUGGUUUAGGUGAUCUGUUAGUGUUACUGGACGACCUGAGUGUGAUUCAGGUUAGGUUAUCGUCGCAAUAAUUGAAGGUUUGGUGUGCGUUUGAUCAGGAGUAGUGUUUUGUGGUAGGGUGUGUUAGUCGAGUCAUGAAUUAAGUUAUCAGUUCUGUGGUAUUAGUGGUCAGGUGAAGGUCCUAUGUAAGAUAUAUCUCGUGGUUAUCUGUCAAUUUAGCUGUGAUAUAUAUAUGUGAUAUCUAUCUGUCAGUUCAGUUAUGAAUCUCAA